CCGCUCUCUCGUAAGCGCCGUGCGUCGCAGCGAGCGGAAGCUGUAGCUCCGGCAAACUGUCAAGUUCGCACCGAGACGACGACGAGCCGGACCGGGGAGCUGUCAGGAAGGACCAUUUGACAGUCUGACGGCCCUUUUCAGUCUAUGGGCUCUCAGUCCAGUUCUGGGAUGUCUGGUGGAAGGGGUUCUUCCAGUGGCAACCCAGCUGAGCAGCCUGAAGGAGCAGAACCGAACCAGAGCAGCAGCAGCAGCAGCAGCAGCAGCCGAGGCCGCAGGACGGCUGACAGGCAGCAGGGAGACAGACAGUCGGCAUCAGAGGAGGACGUUGACUUAGCUGAAGUACUGGCUUACCUACUGAGGAGGGGCCAGGUGAGACUGGUCCACGGCAGCGGAGCCACGGGGCUGCAGCUGGUCCAGUCGUACUCUGACUCUGACGAGGACAGUGAUGGAGCGUGGGAGGGACGGCUGGGCGACCGCUACAAUCCACCAGUGGACACCCAACCCGACACGCACGAAGUGGAUCGGAGUGAGAUCCGAACUCAGAUCCUGCUGGCCACCGCCUCCUCUGCCCUGAAAGGCCGCUACAGUUUCACCCACAUGCUAACAGAGAGGGAACAGGGCAGAUGUAGAGGUUCCAGUUUUUCCCACGGAGAGUGCAGUCGUAUCCGCACACACUUCCUGCCAAACUAUGUGUCCCACAAGGAUACAUACCAGCAGAAAGCCUUCUGUGGAGUGUACAGCGAGGAUGGCCACAUGUUCCUCUCCGCCUGCCAAGACCAGAACAUCCGCUUGUAUGACACCACCAGGGGACGCUUUCACCUGCGGCGAACAGUGAAGGCCCGCGACGUGGGCUGGAGUGUAUUGGACGUCUGCUUCACCCCAGAUGCUCACCACGUGCUCUACUCCAGCUGGUCUGACUACAUUCACUUGUGCAGUAUCGAAGGAGACAGUGAAAACCACACCGCCCUGGACCUCAAUCCAGAUGAGAGGAGGUUCUGUGUGUUCUCGCUGGCUGCGUCCACAGAUGGCAAAGAGAUCCUGGGAGGAGCUAACGAUGGCUGCCUCUACGUUUUUGAUCUGGAGCAGAACAAACGAACGCUGAAGAUUGAUGCCCACGAGGACGAUGUGAAUGCGGUGGCGUUCGCCGACAGCUCGUCCCAGCUGCUCUUCUCUGGCAGCGACGACGCUCUGUGCAAGGUGUGGGACAGACGGACGCUGCGGGAGGACAGACCGCAGCCUGUCGGACAGCUGGCCGGCCACCGAGACGGCAUCACCUUCAUCCACAGCAAGGGUGAUGCGCGCUAUCUGAUCAGCAACUCGAAGGACCAGUCCAUCAAGCUCUGGGAUGUCAGGAAGUUCUCACCCAAAGAGGGAUUGGCAGCUUCCCGCCUGGCCGUCACCCAACAAAACUGGGAUUACCGCUGGCAGCAGGUUCCCCAGAGAGCCUUGAAGAGACACAAGCUGACCGGCGACACCUCGGUGAUGACGUACCGCGGCCACGGCGUCCUGCACACCCUCAUCCGCUGCCGGUUCUCGCCGGAGUUCAGCACCGGCCAGAGGUUCAUCUACUCUGGCUGCUCCACCGGCAAGAUCAUCAUUUACGACGUGCUGACCGGCACGGUGGUGUCCAGGCUGUCGGGCCACGACGCCUGCGUGAGGGACGUCAGCUGGCACCCGUACGAGGACAACAUCAUCAGCAGCUCCUGGGACGGGGCGGUCCGAAUGUGGGAGCACAGACAGACUCACCCUCUGGAGGAGGAGAGGGAGCGGGAGAGGGACUGACGAAGGCAGAAACCCGGCGAGACCAGAGGAGACAAAGGAAACGACGUCGCCGCCGCAGACGGGGUGAAGUGAGCCCAAAACACAGGAGGGCAGUAAGCUCAGGCGGACCGGGAGAGACUCAAACGUUUUUUUAAUUCAAUGCUGGAUAUUAAUGAUUACAAUUAUAGCGUGGCUGUGAAGUGUUCCUUUGGAAGGCCUCGUCGCCUCAACAGCGUCCGGUGCCGGUCGGAGCACCGUGGGAGCGGGUCGCGGCCCGCUUCUGUAUUUCCUUUGUUUGUUUUUUGCCUCACUGUCUUGCGCAGAAUCCGCAGGCCGAAGCUUUUGAUCCGGGCCUGAAACACAUCCCUUAAAAUGUGCUGAAGCUCAACGCGCUAAGCACCGCACUUAAUGAGCUACAAAACGUAAUGAUAGGCUAGCGAUGUAAUGAGCGGGGUGUGGCGGGGAGGACGCCACCACGAUCACUUUGUAUAAAUGUAUAGUAUUUUAAUGGUAUGUGCAUUCAGGGAGCGUCUCUAGGUAGCUGUCAGUGUGCUGAUUUGGCAUCAGUUUGACUCUGCUGUUAUGAAUAGCACGAGCUGCGUCCGAUUUUAGGGGCCGCCACGUUUUAAGUCCACAUUUAAAGAUCGAGUAUAUAAUUAUUCUGUUCAUUUCUAGACUCCUAAUCCUGGUAAUCACGUAACUUUCACACGUUCUCUGUGGCCGACUCACAUGUCCAGCACGCUAACUGGACCAGCCCUGUUCUGGUUGUAACGUUGAACGCUCUGGUUCCUGUUCAGGCCUAACGGUGCCACUCCUGCAUUCAGACACAGCAGCGCUCUGAGGUCUUAUUACUGGUCCUGGAUCAGCACUCAGUUUCUACAAACACAGGCGUUGAUUUAAGAAGUAAUCUUAUCGGCCGAUUCAAAGCUGUGAUUCGUGUAAAAGAUUCAAAAGAUCACAUGACGGGACUCGGGGAAGAGGCUGGAGGUGGUUCAGAAGCUCCACACUGAUCUGUUUAUGCAAUCUUCAGGUGUUUAUACCAAAACCCACACGUCACUCUCAGACCGUUGUUUUACAGUAACAAUAAAAACCUUUCUUUAAAUGUA